ACAAAAAGGCUUUACUGAUGCUUUGAGAUGAAUCCAUCAUUUGUCAAGCGUUGGCUGGCUUUGAUAUUUGCAUGUACAUAAAAGCUUCAUUCCUGUUCUAAUUAAGCCGUUGAGUAACUCCUCGGCUGGGUGCACAACUAUUUUUCAUUCACAGACGCAGUACAUGCUUUACACGAAGUUACACACAGACAUGCAGUCGACACCAUCAGUGUAUGGCACGGUCCAUAUGGAUUUAUAUCUAUAUGUUAGUUGCAGAAAUACGCUAAAUUUAAGUUAGCAAAGGCUAUCGAUAUGACUGUACGGAGCUGGGGGCCUUAAUUUACACCACCAACAAGCAAGUUUCCCGAGUGAUUGAUUUGAGAACUACACUUUACUCUCUCUUCAAAUGAAGAUUACGUUUACAACUUUGGAAGUACACGCUUGCUCUUUGAAAUCUCCCAGUCACCAAAGGAUAUUCUUCCGUUUGGAAAAUACAUGCGUUUGGCAUAUCAUCUCCUUCAUCUGGGAAGCGUCAUACAUGUUAUUCAGCGCGCCCUCUAGCUAUUUAUGAAAGACAUUGAAAACUACUGCGCAUGAGCAGUUCAAUUACACCGUUGAUUAAUGCUCCCAUACGGUGCGACUGACGGGUCAAUCGCCUAGCAACGUAUGCCGUGGCGUCCCGGUGUCAUCAGGCAAGCCAAUCCGCUGAGCCAACUUAGCAUGUACCGAACCUCACGUGGGCUUAUUGUAUUACAGCCCUGAUAGCUCCAGAGGAAAAGUACAAUAGCAAACAAAAGAGCUGACUGGUCGAUUUGUCUGUCACUAGGUCCUCAAAAUAAGGAAAUACAAUGCGUGAGACCAUGGAGAGAUACCGCAGAUGUAAGGCGGCUGUGAGCUGUGCAGUCAUAAAUAAUCAUAUCCAAAUUUUUUAAAGAUGGCAAGACGGCUUGAGACCGAGUCGAACUGUUCCAAUUUAGAGAAACUUCCACAAUAAACAUUUCAUCGAAGAGAGAGUGAUUUUAACUGCUUUCUCUUCAGUGUAUGUGCACAUUCUUCACUGUACUUGUACGUUAACCCACGAAAGCCAGUGACAGUCGGGCAACUCGUAGCCAAACCGGCGAGAUCAUAGUGUAAGCUCUUCGCGAACUGUCCGGGUCCAGCAAGGUCAUGCCAGCGGAGUCAGUGACAGACUCCCGUCGUAGUUCGUCCGUAUCACACGGCGGGAGUUCAGUGCGAUCAGAUGCUACUUGGUUGACUCAGAAAGGCACUCACAACAUGGGGAAAGGGCAGAUGCUUUUCACAGGUCCAGGGGGUGUGCGAGACUACAAGGCACAUGUGGUCACGGAUUACCACAUGGUGGGGAUUGGCACUAUGUCCAGGGAGGGCACCAGCGACCUGAGGUACAUCUGGAGGGGUGCACCGGGCUCCCCCCACCCAGUCUCAAGGGGCAAGUGGGCGGGUGAGGUGGGUUGGCUCAUCCCACCUUUCGUGGACUGGAAGAACAUUACCAGUGGAAAGCAGAUCACGAUGGGAGACUUCAGGAGAGCACAAGAAGACAAAUACACCCACAGAUUUCAAGAACCAUGGUACCCAGCACCCAACCACCCAGAUUACCCAAAAAUGUUCCCCCAUACCAACUAUUACCGGACCCACACUGCCAACCCCUAUGUCCCGCACCAACACCAUCAUGUACGCCGCCCUCACACAGUGGCUUCCUACCAGCCCGAGCAUCAUGGGAGUUUUCCCAGUAUCUCCGAUGGCAGCAGUCGGCCUGUGAGCGCCCAUCAUUCUGUCAUCUCGGGGAGCGACCAGUCCGUUGUUAGAAGUCACAGCAAACCACACAGUCUGAGCAACUCUGGUUACGAGAGCCCGUCCAGCAUGCACAGCCUACGCAGCGGUUACUCGUCCUCCGACAGGCAGACGGGAUCACAAUCCCAGCAUGCAUCUAGCAGGAGAGGGAGUGGUGUCUCUACAAACUCUCGCUCCAGUCGGAAGAGGUUUGGGGUAGCACCCUCUGCCACACAAGUCACUGACUACAGCAAUGCUUCUCACAGAUCUUCACCCAGUAAUCCAGAUUACUGAUGAACCUCAAGGCUGUGAAAGGAAACCCUUAAUUUGAUUUUAGUCAGUGUGUAUUUUGUAAAGUAUAAAUUUAAAGGCCGGAAGCAAACUAACAGUAAAGUCUUUAAUUUUGAAGAGCUCUCAUUGACCUAGCAACAAACGGGAGUGAAUAGUAAGAAAGAAACAUCAGAGCUCGUGAUUUGGACUGAUUUACUUGACAAUACCCACCCACGUCGUUAUAACACUGACCAAAGUGUAUUGCUUCGCCACUUAAGACAUGAGUUCAGUGACUACAGAACAUUCAGAACUGUGAGGGAAGAUAUUAUCCAGAUUCAAUUGAAACUGAAUUGCAGAGAAAACAAGGUCAUUGAGUACAUACACACAGCUGUCUGCAUUUGGAAGAGAGGCUUCAUGUGAAAGACUGAACAGGAAACGUGGCGGUUUUUGUUAUGUGAGCUUUCCUCAACGAGUAAAUACUGAAGCAAAGUUUAGACGACAUAGGUGCAAACAUUUUUCUGAUAAGUUGUCACUAAAAUGUGUUUUAUUUUUGUGUUAAUAUGUAGGUUUGGUCUGUAGAAUGUUAAUACAGAAUCCAUCCAUACCUUAAUUUUUCAGUAUUGGUAAAAUAAGUGUACAUAUUUGAAGUUUCUAUGCAGUACUUUGGCACAUUAAUGCAUGCAUAAACUUUGCAUAAAUCAUUUGAGUAACCACAUUCACUUUUAGUUUUACACAUGUAAUGCAAUGAACUAUGCAGAGAUUUCAGAUAUUUCUUUAUAAACUUAUAUACUCAAUGAAAGUUGAAUUUACAAUGUAAUUGCAUGUAGCCUUUGCAGAUGGUGUGAAAAAAAUUGAAUGUGCAGUUCCUUUUAUAAGCAGAAGUUCGACAACGAUGUUGUAAAUGCAUGGUGUGCUAUGCAGUGAUCGGUGGCAUUUGAUUGGUUAUUGAAAUUCUGAUUUUCUACGGUUGCAAAUUUUAACUUAACUUUUUUUUUCUUCUGCAAUAUUUUGAUACCUGUUGCAACUGCAGUGUGCUGUGCUUAUGAUAUGGAAUGAGGUCUUUGAAUAACUUUGUUUUCAAAAUUUAAGAAAAGUAUAAAAUAUGGUGGAAAGCAAGACGCCUUUGGUGCGUGUCAAACAGAGCAUGUGCAGACCCCUUCGUGUGAGUGUCAAACGGGGCAUGUGAUAUAUUACGAAGACAAUUUUGGCCUUUUUCACAAAAUUAUUGCAUAAAUCCUUUGAACUGCACAUUAGACUUAUUUUUGAUAUGAGCUUGUAUUUCUAUACAUGUGCAAUUAUCAAGCAUGUAACUUCAUUCUGUACUAUUUGUAUAUUUUGUCAACUGGAUUUAAAUGCUAAUUAAAGAUUUAUUUCUA